AAAUCUCCUACUAGUGGCGGGCUGCGCAUCUCGCGCAUUCCACCUUAAAAGCGCUCAAUAAAUGAUCAACGCACGCGUACAGUAUGUUUCCGUUUUUUUCUCUUUCUCUCCAGCGCACUCGCGCCGCGGCUCGAAAGACUGCGAGCGUCACGUCGAAGGCAACACUGACGCACUUCAUCCACUCUAUCAAGCUUGAAGCCCAUUAGGAAUAAUGUCUGAGCCGUACCGCGAAUGGAUCCUGGGCUCCAUAGACUCACUGAGGUCGAGAAAAGCUCGACCGGACCUGGACAGAAUUUGCAGGAUGGUCAAAAGACGACACGGCUCGGACUGGGACCGAACCCGGUCAGAACUAGAGAAACUGAUAGAGGAGCAAACGGUGCUGAAAGUCAACUAUAAAGGCUCGGUUUCCUAUCGCAACGCGGCAAAGGUGCUACGAGGCAGGAGAAAACCCGAGCAGAGCAAGUGUGCGGUGAAACAGCCUUCUCUCGCGGACUGGAGCACCGGCGACAGCGCUCUGGGUCCCGUGGAUGAGGAUCACAUGGAGGAUAUGGAAGACGAGAUGUCCACGACAGCAGGAAUGGACAGCAGUAUGGAUGAGGAGGGGGAUGAGAGCAGUCUGGAUGCCAUGUGCGCUCAGAGCACCGCUGACUCGGGCAUCAGCAUGAGUCCCAUCACCAGCAGUAACACCAGUCAGCCUGUUCCCUCACCCACGUCCUCAAAGAACUCUCCUACCCAUGAUGCUCUGAGGCAGGACGCCGACAGCACCUACAUCCUACCUGAGCACAUACAGCCAGCAGCCCAGCAGGACACAGGAUCUGUGGCGCUCAUGCAGCAGCCAGCGGCCAUCUGUCUCUCCACUCUUCAGGCCGAGGAGGAGAGCGCGCUCACCCCUGAUACGCUGCUGUCAGACUGCACAGCCACGCCGGACGAGGCGGUGAUGUCAGAUGGAGGGCCUCACGCUGGGUCUGAUCCUGUUGAGGAGGGUGAAAUGUGCGCCAAAAGCACAACAGAGGAAGAAACUGUUAACAGUGGAGGGAUGAAUAAUGGAAAUGAUGUGGUAAAGACAGAAAUGGGGCAGGACCCUUUGCUUUGGAGCGUGGCCGAUGUGGCCAGUUACUUCACGUCUGUGGGUUUCCCCGAGCAGGCGCUGGCUUUCAGGACACAGGAAAUAGAUGGGAAGUCCUUACUGCUGAUGCAGCGCAGUGACGUGUUGACUGGUCUGUCGAUCAGACUCGGCCCUGCACUUAAAAUCUAUGAGAAUCAUGUGAAGGUGCUGCAGAGAAGCCACUUUCAGGACGACAGCCGUCUCUUCUCAUAGUGCUUGUGUUUUCAGCGAAAACAGACUGAAAUUCUCCUGGCUCAGAGCGCUGGUCACAAAAUGAGGGGAAACGUUAACUCUUUAAGACUUGAUUUGCACAAUCCUCCUCAGUUUAUCUUCUCUUCUUCUGUGUGAGGACAUGCCGCAUGAUUCAGCCCUGCAGUCUGUUCUUCUGUUCUGUCGGUGUCCUUCAAUCCAUCCGUCACAGGGCUGACGGGACCAUUCGUCUUAGUGGAAGUGUUUUUGUUUUUUUCUACGGUGGAGCUUUUCAUUCACCAGUGUUUUUUCCUUCUGUUUUUGUCAGAUAUGAUUUAUAGUGUCGCAAUAUUAUGUAAACCUUGUUCUUGUCCAAUUAAAUGUUCGAUGUUCAGCGAUGUUUUACUGCAGUCUUGAAAUGGACAUGCAAUGUUAGGAAAUAAAUUCCAGUUUCAGAAUCUGCAUCAAUCUUUUCUGUUAUGCAUUUUGCCUGCCAAGCAGAGAUAUGAAGUGAGUUACUGAUGCUUUGAUUCCAGCACUGCACAGCCAGUACAUUUACUUUGACUGAAGCGCUCA